CAGCGGCGGCGCGAGUAAAAAACACACUUCAAGCUAGACAAGUGUGUAUGUGAUGGCCAACGCUACAGUUAAACAUCGAUGUUGUGGCAAGGACUUUCGGUAUUUCGAGAGUUCGUAAACGUCUUGUCAUCCUACAUGGCGCCUGGAAAUUUAAAGUGUGAAUUCAUGGGAAAAUUAGAAAACAAACCUACAUCAAACCGACUACUGUCGGCUCGUAAAAACAACACACGAAACAACGCAUUGCAUUCGGACAUGGCAAACUCGAACCAGCCUAACCACCACCAUGUUGUUGUAGACGCGAUGGGUACCACCACCAAUGCCGCCAGCGACCAACAACAAACAAUACAUGCAGCUGAAGCAAGUGACGAUAGAAUGCAUAAUUUGGACGUUGGAAAUUGCGGCGAUAAAUCCAAAUUAGAACCACAGAUUACCCAUUUAAAAGGACUACUAAUGCUUCAUCUAGACCUUAUUCAACAGCAGCAAAAAGAUUUGCAACAGAAAGAUAAAGAAAUACAGAAAUUACGUGAUGAUAAAGAAACGUUGCUAUGCCGCCUACAGCGUAUGGAACGCCGAAUGUCACUGGCAAAUAAAAGUGGACCACCUAAAAACAAGAAUUGUUCAACCAAUCAAACGAUUCCAUCAACACCGUCAAAAACUGAAACACCAAAUAAACGUAAGGUUAACGCAAGUACACCGUCAUCUUCUAAAAAAACCCAACUUGAAAUCCCAGAGCCAAAGUCACCCUCACGAAGUGUUUCCCCCUCAAAACUUUCGAAAGAUGCACACCUCACAACACCUGCAAAGACAAGGCGUUACAGAAGACAUAGAAAGUAUAAAGAACUUAGUGAAGACAAAUUCCAUCGGACAAAAAUUUUAUACCCUUCGUUGAGAGAUCUUAGAAUUGCUGUUGAUGAUGACCUUCCCCUUGAUUCAGGAUACGUUGUUGUACCAACGUGGAGAGUGUCACAUGUCAGUAACACAUCUUUAGAUGAAUCAAGAUGUGAAGAAAUGGAGGAAAUAAAUGAUAAGAUAGUAGAAAUAAGACAUCACAAAAUGGAGAUGGAUGAAAAGAAACGAAAACGUUGGGAUGUGCAAAGAAUUCGGCAGAUCCGUGAGCAUGAACGACUUGAAAUGAAGCUGAUGGAGCGUGAAAUUGCCAACCGAGAAGAUGUUAUUGAAACAUUUGAACCUGACGUAGAUGAUAUUUUGCGAAUUGAGGUCAGAGACACUGUUCCAGUGAUGGCAUUUGGAAUGCUUGUACCUACGAUAACAGAAAGUGAAUUUAAACUCCCUUGGUACACGCCAGAACCAAAAGCAGGGGAUGAGCAACGGCGACAAACACGCAGCAGAGCAGGCAAGAAAUAGCACCCGCCACAAGCAGUCCUGAACAAGUUGCAGUACAGAUUGGGUGUUACAUUUAGCAUAGUGUUCUGUGCCACGCGAUUAUAUAACAAGGUUUAAUCAGGAUGUUGGUUUAGCCCAGAUCUUACUAGAAAGAUAAAAUCCUAACGGCUUUUAUCAUAUCUAUAUAUAGAUCAUUAUAUAGAAAUGGCAUGUAUUGAGGGCAGUGCAUAUGCAGAUAAGUGAAUAAAACAAUGGUGCUCCAGGGUGAUACAAACUAACAUACAAAUAUCAUCCUCUUUGGACCUAACACAAACACACAAGUUACAAGACCAUUUCUUGAAACCUUUGUUUAAUUUAUACAUUUUUGAUAAGCAAAAACAUUCCUUUAAAAACUUAUAUUCUACUAGUUCAAUGGUUAAAAAUCUUAAAACAUCCAAUAAUUUUUGUUUUAAACUUUGAUCUAAAGUAAUUUUUGUAAAACAUUUUAAAACAACCGCUUUGACUUUUUGAAAAAGGAAUGAUAUUGAUAAUACAUUAGAACCCCUUCGAAGGGGACACCUUCAUCACCAAAAUGAGUGUCUUUCUAAUAGCAGUGUCCCUUGAAUAGGGGUUAGCUGUAGUGACCGAAAAUGAGUCCACUUAAUAGGGGUGUCCCAAGGGAGGGGGGUCUACUUUCAUUACGAAAUGCUGUUGGUGAACUGUCUGUCAGCUUAAGAAAAUUGAUCACAUUCAAGUCAGCUUCGCUCUAAAUGCAAACAGUAGCAAUCAGCAAUGCUCGCUCAGCUGUCAUCAUAGUUCACCAGUUUGGCCCAAGAGUCUGUUGUCAUUGAAACUUUAUCCACCAUCUCUUAUUGAUUGCUAAUUUUAUUUCACCGCAUUUAUGUAACAUAUUUUACAUUAAAAUUUACUUCCAAUAAUGUUUACAUAAAUUUCUAUUGUUUUGAAAAAUAUUUUCUAAUACAUUUUAAAGCUCAUUUUAAAUCAAGUUGAUUAUAGAAUUCUUAUUACUUUUGAGUAUAUUAUUAUCAUUAUUUUUGCUAGCUCUUCUGACAUCAGAACAUAUCAUUUUCUCCAUGUAUUUGAAAAGAUCAUUAGCAUUACAUCUUGCAUUACUAUAUCUCCACUUGUUGAGGGGAGGGUUUAGUUCUAGUUAGUAAAUUAAAAAUGCAGUUUUUAGAAGAAAUUAUAUGAGAAAUAUUUUCUCCCUUGUUCUUAAAAUCACUCCCAAUAUAUGUGGAUGACUUAACUACCCUCUCAUUGUCUGUGUCAUGUAAGGGAACCAUCAAGCAAAGCCAUUUGUGACACUCUCAGAUUCACUUCAGUAACUGGAGUACCCAGUAGUUAAAUUAUUGUACAGUAUUUUCAUUCAGGAUGACAUACAAGAUUUAGUAACGUACCCAGUGCUUUGUUCCCAAUUACAGUUAAUAGGCUUAGGCCUAGUGUAAUCUGUCAUAUACUGUAUAACAACAACCUGCAGAGAAAUAAUGGUUAAUGGUUCACUUUUUAUUUUGCAUUUCUCAGUAUUCUAACAAAUUCAGGACAUCCAGAAACAGUCUAACCAAAAAUCUGAUGGAAACCGAUUGUUCUGGACAUUGGACUGUAUAUCAACGCCUCCAUUUGGGGCUAUGGUUUACUUCUGUAAUAUUUUUCCCCAUUUCUGUAUGUACGUAAUUGGGCGAAAUUUCUAUAGAAAUGAGAGAGCUAUGUGCUCUAUUAAACUAAGUUUGUUUGAUGUUGAAUUGUUUUUUUUAUUGCAAUUUCUGGCCAAGAUUGAACCACAGAGAAAAUAGACACAUUCAUUCAAUAACAGCUAAAAUUUAUAUUUUCUUUGAAAUAUCAAAAUGUGGGUAAUUCAGCGUCGCACUAAAUUAAUAAUCUUUAAUUAUUAAUAAGAAUGUAUUGGCCCAUUUGUGUCUUUUAUAUCAUGCAUUUGAUAUAGAGUGAAAAGUAUAUUAAAAGUAUCUGUUAUGAAUUAUGGUUUUUAGAUCGAAAGCUGGAAGAUGUCUGUACAUUUAAAGAAGUACUUAGUACUUGUGCUUCAUAUAUUUUUUAGAAAUUAAAUAAUAAAACCGAUACAAUAUAUUAAAGCUUUGAAUGUGAAAUAAAUGAUACAGAUAUUGGAAAAUUUGUCUAAAUUAAUGAAGAAUAUAUGAAUUAAUAUUUUAUAUUUCUAAGAAAAAUAUAAUUUCAGCAAUGUAUUUUGGAAUUAUGACCCAUACCCUAUGUGAUGAAUGUUGAUAUAAUUACUGUAAUGUUAAUAAUUAAAGUUUUAUAUUUUCUUGGGGGUUUCUCUUAUAAGUGCUUGUGUACAAUGUUUAUGUACUGGUAAUAUUUUUGGCUUGACCAGGGCUGACAUUAAAAAUUAAAACAAAAAAUUACAAUUUCCAUAUUUUGGUCACUAUAUCAAGAACACAUUCUUUGAAAAUGUUGUUUCAUUACUUAUCUACAUUUUUUCUGUAUUAUAUUUUUUUAAACGUGUUCUUUUUUGUAAUUAUUUUAUUGAAUCGAAUGAUCAAGGACUUAACUGUUAAAAAGUCCUUGAAUUGAUAGGAUGCUAAUUUAGUCUUAUUACCCCAACUACUGUGAUCAAUUUAUUUACCCCUCCUUAUGUAUUGUGAGGACAAAUGCAUUUCCCCCUAUUCAUUAAUGUCCGCAGUAUAUGUUUUGAAUUACCGAGAGGCUUGUGUUAAAAAUAAUAGAGUAUACAAGUCUAAAAUUUUGUACCAGGAAGAUAUAAAAGUGAUAUACUUCUCUGCUUGCCCCAUGGAAAUUGCCUCAUUUUUCUUCAUGAUUUCAAAUGACAUUGCUGGGUGUUGAAGCUUGUAUCUGAAAAGCUAAAAUUGUUUACUCCGAUAUAAUUGUAUGAUUGUAUUGUUAAAUAGAAAGAAUUGUAGACUUGCAUUCCUUGUAUAAAUGAAUAUGAACAGUUCACACUAAUGUAGA